GUGAGUGUGGCUGUCCUAUCCUCCUCCUCGCCAACUGUAGAGAAAGAGAAGAGAGAGAGAGAGAGAAAGAGUGCACAGCGGCGGAGGCGAUGGCGAAGGGCGGGAAGGGGUUGAACGCGACGGGCGAGUUUUUCCGGCGCCGUGACGAGUGGAGGAGGCACCCUAUGGUGGGGAACCAGCUGCGCCACGCCACUCCGGGGCUAGGCAUCGCCAUCGUCGCCUUUGGGAUCUACCUUGUCGGCGAGGCCGCCUACAACCGCCUCUACCGCCCCGCCGGAGACAACCACCACUAGAUCUCCCCCAGAGGUAAAGUAGAUGGAGCAAACUUUACCGAAGCACCAAUGUUGAUCUUUUCCGGUUUGAUCUCAUAAGGUCUGCAUGACCACCUUGUAAUUCGCGAUCAGGAGACGUGCUGUUGGUCCAACUAGUUUUCCUGGAACGCGUGUCCUUUAAAUCUGAUACUAUUUUGUGGUUAUACUCGGCAUCUGGACAUGGCAUUGUUUUUUUUUUGACCCUAGGACAUGGCAUUGUUUGUUCUUACAUUACUGAACUCAUAUAUCUACAAGUUAAAGUUGAGUGCCCGUGCGUUGCCACGGAAUAAAAGAAACAUUGUGAUCAUUAUUUUAAUUUUGAAAUAAUAUUGAAUAUCAUUUAA